AUGUCUCUUGCUAUGUCGCUUUCGUUCUAUCGCUCGGCGUAUGUUGCUCUCUUUCUCUCUCGCUGUCAACGUCUCUCUCUCUCCCCACUUUCUCUCGCUCUCCCUCUCUCUGCCGCUCUCGCUCUCCCUCUCUCUGCUCCUCUCGCUCUCCCUCUCUCUGCUGCUCUCGCUCUCCCUCUCUCUGCUGCUCUCACUCUCCCUCUCUCUACCACAUUCUCUCUCCGCCAAAUUCUCUCUCUCUCUCCCGCAUUCUCUCUCCGCCAAAUUCUCUCUCUCUCUCUCUGCUACGUUCUCUCUCUCUCCCCCGCAUUCUCUCUCCCCCGCAUUCUCUGUCCCCCGCAUUCUCUCUCCCCCGUGUUCUCUCUCCCCCGCAUUCUCUCUCCCCCGCAUUCUCUCUCCCCCGCACUCUCUCUCCCCCGCACUCUCUCUCCCCCGCAUUCUCUCUCCCCCGCAUUCUCUCUCCCCCGCAUUCUCUCUCCCCCGCAUUCUCUCUCCCCCGCAUUCUCUCUCCCCCGCAUUCUCUUUCCCCCGCAUUCUCUCUCCCCCGCAUUCUCUUUCCCCCGCAUUCUCUCUCCCCUGCAUUCUCUCUCCCCCGCAUUCUCUCUCCCCCGCAUUCUCUUUCCCCGCAUUCUCUCUCCCCUGCAUUCUCUCUCCCCCGCAUUCUCUCUCCCCCGCAUUCUCUCUCCACCGCAUUCUCUUUCCCCCGCAUUCUAUCUCCCCUGCAUUCUCUCUCCCCCGCAUUCUCUCUCCCCCGCAUUCUCUCUGCCCCACAUUCUCUCUCUCUCUCCCGCAUUCUCUCUCCGCCAAAUUCUCUCUCUCUCUCUCUCUCUCUCUCUCUCUCUCUCUCUCUCUCUGCUGCGUUCUCUCUCUCUCUCCCGCAUUCUCUCUCCCCCGCAUUCUCUCUCCCCCGCACCCUCUGUCCCCCGCAUUCUCUGUCCCCCGCGUUCUCUCUCCCCCGCGUUCUCUUUCCCCCGCAUUCUCUCUCCCCCGCAUUCUCUCUCCCCCACACUCUCUCUCCCCCGCAUUCUCUCUCCACCGCAUUCUCUCUCCCCCGCAUUCUCUCUCCCCCGCAUUCUCUCUCCCCCGCAUUCUCUUUCCCCCGCAUUCUCUCUCCCCCGCAUUCUCUCUCCCCCGCACUCUCUCUCCCCCGCAUUCUCUCUCCCCCGCAUUCUCUCUCCCCCGCAUUCUCUCCCCCCCGCAUUCUCUCUCCCCCGCAUUCUCUUUCCCCCGCAUUCUCUCUCCCCCGCAUUCUCUUUCCCCCGCAUUCUCUCUCCCCUGCAUUCUCUCUCCCCCGCAUUCUCUCUCACCCGCAUUCUCUCUCCCCCGCAUUCUCUUUCCCCAGCAUUCUCUCUCCCCUGCAUUCUCUCUCCCCCGCAUUCUCUCUCCCCCGUAUUCUCUCUCCCCCGCAUUCUCUUUCCCCCGCAUUCUCUCUCCCCCGCAUUCUCUCUCCCCCGCAUUCUCUCUCCCCCGCAUUCUCUCUCCCCCGCAUUCUCUCUCCCCCGCAUUCUCUUUCCCCCGCAUUCUCUCUCCCCCGCAUUCUCUUUCCCCCGCAUUCUCUCUCCCCUGCAUUCUCUCUCCCCCGCAUUCUCUCUCACCCGCAUUCUCUCUCCCCCGCAUUCUCUUUCCCCCGCAUUCUCUCUCCCCUGCAUUCUCUCUCCCCCGCAUUCUCUCUCCCCCGCAUUCUCUCUCCCCCGCAUUCUCUUUCCCCCGCAUUCUCUCUCCCCCGCAUUCUCUCUCCCCCGCAUUCUCUCUCCACCGCAUUCUCUUUCCCCCGCAUUCUCUCUCCCCUGCAUUCUCUCUCCCCCGCAUUCUCUCUCCCCCGCGUUCUCUCUGCCCCACAUUCUCUCUCUCUCUCUCCCGCAUUCUCUCUCUGCCAAAUUCUCUCUCUCUCUCUCUCUGCUGCGUUCUCUCUCUCUCUCUCCCGCAUUCUCUCUCCCCCGCAUUCUCUCUCCCCCGCACCCUCUGUCCCCCGCAUUCUCUGUCCCCCGCAUUCUCUCUCCCCCGCAUUCUCUCUCCCCCGCAUUCUCUCUCCCCCGCAUUCUCUCUCCCCCGCAUUCUCUCUCCCCCGCAUCCUCUCUCCCCCGCAUUCUUGUCAAACUUAUAUGCUAUAGUCUGUGUAGGCUGUAG